AUGUUCGUCGGUACAAGCGACUUCAAUAAUACGAUUCUCGAGGAGCAGAAUCUCCGACCCGGUAUCAAGGCCGCUAUCGUGCUUUUCUACAUCACACGUCAUUGGGGACGAGUCAUUGUUAUUGGUUUGAAGAAUUGUACAAUAUCGCGACACGUAGACUCGCGAUUUUGGGCUGCUAUGACCCAGUGCAAGGCGAUUCACUAG